UAGCACAGAGCCAGCCUCCAACCACACUCUGUUCCUGCCUGCUCGCUCUGUGGCUCUGUAGGGGUAAACUCAGGUUGGGAAGCUUCAUGAUUACAGCACAAGGACAGCAAAUAAAAGCCAACCAAAACAAAGCGCUCCGUGUGUCACCUGGUGGAGGACGCGGCUGUCUGUCUGUCCGUGCAGGAGCAUCUCUGAUCCGCGUGAAAACACAGGACAAAACAGAGCAAGAUGUCAGCCAGAGGAGGAAAGAAGAAGGCCACCAAGCUGUCCCGUUCAGCCAGGGCGGGUGUCAUCUUCCCCGUGGGAAGGAUGAUGAGGUACCUGCGCACCGGCACGCACAAAUACCGCAUUGGCAUGGGGGCGCCCGUCUACAUGGCAGCAGUCAUCGAGUACCUGGCAGCUGAGAUCUUGGAGUUGGCGGGAAACGCAGCACGGGACAACAAGAAAGGCAGAAUAACUCCCAGGCACAUCAAGCUGGCUGUGGCCAAUGACGAGGAGCUCAACCAGCUUCUGCGGGGGGUGACCAUAUCAAAUGGAGGAGUUCUGCCUCGGAUCCACCCAGAGCUGCUCUCCAAGAAGAGGGGAAGCCGGGUGAAAACGGACAGCCAGGCGUCCGUCCCCGAGAAGAAGACAGAACGCUCAAAGAGCAAGAAACCCGUCAAAACCUUCAAAAAGGUUAAAGGCAAACGAGGGCGCAAGCCAAAGAACACCGAAGAGUCUGUACCGAACUCCACAGUGGAAGACGGUCCUGGAGAUGGAUUCACCAUCCUGUCAGCAAAGAGCCUGUUCCUUGGACAAAAGCUUUCACUAACAGAGAGUGAAAUCAGCAAAAUCGGAACAAUCAAAGUGGAGGGGAUAAUUAACCCGACAAACGCAGAGAUGGACCUCAAAGAUGGAGUUGGCAACGCCCUCGAGAAAGUUGGAGGCCGGGAGUUCCUGGACACAGUCAAGGAGCUGCGGAAAGCACAGGGGCCUCUGGAGGUGUCAUCAGUGGCAGUGAGCCAGGCCAAUGGGAUGGCAGCCCGCUUCAUCAUCCACUGUAACGUCCCUCAGUGGGGUUCAGAGAAGUGUGAGGACCAGCUAGAGAAGACGGUGAAGAACUGCCUCUCAGCAGCAGAGGAGAAGAAGCUCAAGUCCGUGGCUUUCCCUUCACUUCCUGCUGGACGGAACGGAUUCCCAAAACAAACGGCCGCCCAGCUCAUCCUCAAGGCCAUCUCCAACCAUUUUGUGUCGUCCACCAGCUCCUCCCUGAAAAACAUUUACUUUGUUCUGUUUGACAGUGAGAGCAUUGGGAUAUACCUUCAGGAAAUGGCCAAGCUGGACGCCAAGUGAGGAUUCUCGAUUUCAGGGGGUUUGAUUUUCUAACUGUUGUUUGUUGCAGGUGGUGUAGAUAGGUGACAUGACAGUCAGGGGGUUUGAUGUGGAAUCUGUGUUGGUUAAAAGAGGAAAAAAAAAUCUGUGUGAGUGGAGUGCUGUUUCACAUUUAUGUUCCACUGUCCCUUCAACAGAGUGCAUUCUUUAUAGAUUAGAUCAUUUCAGUCCGUAUGGUUUCCUUGUUUCAAUGAUGUUUUUACAUUCCAUGUACAAAUAUAACCGUUUUCCUGGCCUCUGUAGUUUCUGAUACAGUUAGUUUACUAAAAAAUCUGUGGUUCUCAUUCUGCUUUGAAAUAAAAACUCAGAUGUUUUACACCAGA